UAGCUCAUUCUCAUCAUCACCAUCAAAAACUUCACAAGCCUUUUUACUCACAAAUUAAGAAAGAAAUGGAGAUGCAAAGCAACUGCGACUUGGAGCUUCGCCUUCAUCAUCCUCCUUCUUAUGAUUCAAGCAGCUCCGAAAUUCCACAACCAAAUCAAGAACCUCAGAUAUGUGUUCCUUCAGAUCUUAUCCAUCUCCAAGCAAAAGCUAUACUAUCACUAGCGAGUAGGGAUAUGGAAGAGAGAUCAGACGGCUCAGAUCCUUCAAUAAUUCCAAACAAUAUGAAUCGAGUUCAUCAUCAGAAGACCUCUACGAAGAGAUCUCUUCGUAGUUUUCUUCAGAAACGUAAUGUUCGGAUUCAGGCUUCUUCUCCUUACCGCCGGUUCCCAAUAACUUUGUUUAUGUGAUUUCAGUUUCCCUCAUGUUAGAUAUCGAGUUAGCACAAUUUUUAUUAUUAGAUCGAAGUGUUUUUUUUUUCUUGUAACAUGAAAGUUCAUAAAUCAAACCAAACCAAAGACUCUUAACUACA